AUGAAGCACAGACGCCCUGCAGCCCUGCACGAAGACAAGACCAGGUCGCCCAGCUUCUUCCUGUGCCCGGACCAGGGACUCCGGAGCUGCCAGCUGGCGCUCGGACCUGGAUCCACUCCCUGCGGCUUCCACGCCACCUGGACAGGGCAGGGCCUCAGGGGCCCCCAAAUUCCACCGUCUCCUUUACCGGCAGCAAACGGAUGGAGAGGCCCUGGGCUGUCCGAGCCGACUGCUGAUAACAUCCCCGAGGACCUCAGGGACCCCUUUUACAUCGACCAGUACGAGCAGGAGCACAUCAAGCCGCCUGUCAUCAAGCUCCUGCUGGCGGGCGAGCUGUACUGCCGCGUCUGCAGCCUCAUCCUGAAGGGGGACCAGGCGGCCGCCCUGCAGGGGCACCAGUCCGUCAUCCAGGCCCUGUCCCGGAAGGGCAUCUACGUGAUGGAGAGCGACGACACCCCCGUGACGGACCCCGACCUCAGCCACGCCCCCAUCAAGAUGAGCGCCCACAUGGCGAUGGUGGACGCCCUCAUGAUGGCCUACACCGUGGAGAUGAUCAGCAUCGAGAAGGUGGUGGCCAGCGUCAAGCGCUUCUCCACAUUCAGUGCCUCCAAAGAGCUUCCCUACGACCUGGAGGACGCCAUGGUGUUCUGGGUCAACAAGGUGAAUCUUAAAAUGAGAGAGAUAACAGAGAAAGAAGGGAAGCUCAGACAGCAGUUCCUGGAGAGCCCUGCUCAUCAGAAGGUGCGCUACCGCCGAGAGCACCUGUCGGCGAGGCAGCCGCCCUACUUCCCGCUGCUGGAGGACCUGAUGCGAGAUGGCAGCGACGGGGCCGCGCUGCUGGCCGUGGUCCACUACUACUGCCCCAAGCACAUGAAGCUGGACGACGUGUGCUUGAAGGAGGUCAUGUCGAUGGCUGACAGUCUGUAUAACAUCCGGCUUCUGAGGGAAUUCUCGAACGAAUACCUGAACAGAUGCUUUUACCUCACCUUGGAAGACAUGCUGUACGCUCCCCUGGUGCUGAAGCCGAACGUGAUGGUCUUCAUUGCCGAGCUCUUCUGGUGGUUUGAGAACGUCAGGCCCGACUUUGUUCAGCCCCGGGACGUCCAGGAGCUGAAGGACGCAAAAACAGUGUCACACCAGAAAAGCAGCCGGCCGCCCGUCCCUAUCUCCAACGCCACCAAGCGCAGCUUCCUGGGCGGCCCCGCAGCAGCGAGCCCGGCCGAGCCGCCAGCCCCAGCUCAGCCACCGGCCGAGGGCUGCCCCAGGCAGCACCUGCACCCCGAGGAGCCUGACCCCCUGGGGAGAGGGGCCUCUGCCUUCAGCCCGUCGCAUCCCUUACUGCCCCUGCGGCAGCGGCAGCAGAGGGCGGCUCCGGGGGAGGACCCGCCGGAUGAGCGACACCGGUCCAGCUCCUUGACCCGCGUGGAUGGGCAGCCACGGGGAGCAGCGGUGGCGUGGCCAGAAAAGAAACACAGGCCUGCGUCUCAGCCAGCGCCUUUCGCGCUGCACCACACUGCGAGCUGCGACGCGGACCCCGGCUCUGGCGACAGUGUCAGCUUGGCCCGCUCCAUCAGCAAGGACAGCCUGGCCUCCAACAUCCUCCCCCUGACCCCGCAGAACCAGCCACAAACCCCCGCCCUGAGGGCCAGCGGGAAAAGCCUCCUGAACAAUGUGGACAUCGAGGACGAGGACGAGGAGCUCAUGGCCAUCGUUAGGACCAACGGGGCUCCCCACGGCAGUGACCGGGGCCCCACGACCAGUGCCAGGUCUCCCCAGAGACCGGCGGGCCCCUCAGAGAGCAAGCUCGACAGUUUCUUCCUGGAGCCGCUGAUGCCGGCCGUGCUGCGGCCCGCCAAGGAGAAGCAGGCGGUCAGCAAGGAGGACGAGUGCGGGGAAGGGCGGCUGAGGGGCUGCGCGGCCAGGAGGCCCAGCGAGGGCCCGCCUCUGGGGCGGAGGAAGGCGCCUGGCAGCUCCGGCACUCGGGACUUGAAUAGGACUUUCACCCCGAUUUCCUCCGUGGAGCUGUGUGCUGAGGUGGGGCUGCCGGCCGGGGAAGCCCGCGGGGAGCCUCUGGCCAGCGGCAGUUUCAAUCCUUCAUCUCAGGGACAGUCCCCCGACGGCUUCUUUCUUCACGUGGCCAGAGCCGACGAGGCCCCGGAGGGCGGGCUGCACGGUACCCGGGCAAGAAGCCCGCUCGCCCGCGACCCGGAACCGUGGACCGUCCUGAGGCAGGACUCGGACUCGGACGUCGCAGACCUGGAGGAGGCCGAGCACGACUUCCUCGGGGAGGACCUCCCCGUGCUGAUGGGGCGGUACGCGGGCGAGGAGGAGUCGGCCAAGCUGCAGGAGGACAUGCAGGUGAAGGAGCACGAGGACAAGGACGGCGCCAGCGGCCGCUCCAGCCCCUGCCUGAGCACCUUUUCCCAGUUCAGCGGCGGCUUCGUGGCAGCGGGGAGGGCAAGAAUGCCCACUUUGCAGAGAGGAAAGCUCCAGCGGCUCAACAGCUAUGAGCCAAAGUCCAGUACGAGCAGCUCCCAGAAGACCACGCCGGACGCCUCGGAGAGCUGCCCCGGGCCCCCCCUGACCCACGUGGAAGCAAGAAGAGGGGAGCAGAGCCCCGGGCCGGGCAGGGCUGGGACCACGCCAGCCUCCUGCCUCGGGAGCUGGGUGCAGCUGCACAUGCAGCUGGAGGAGAAGCGGAGAGCCAUCGAGGCCCAGAAGAAGAAGAUGGAAGCGCUGUCCGCCCGGCAGCGCCUGAAGCUGGGCAAGGCGGCCUUCCUGCACGUGGUCAAGAAGGGCAAGGCCGAGGCCGGUCCCCAGCCCCUGAAGCCGGAGCCCAACGAGGAGGACUUCAGCGGUGCUGUGUCCAAAACCGAGGAAUUCCUGGCUCGGGAGCAGGGCCGGGGAGACGCGGGCGAGUGUCAGGACACGGACAGAGAGGGCCUGGCGCUCCUGCAGCAGCACAGGCAGGACCCGGCCGCGCUGCCUGAGCUGGAGAAGAGCAAGGCGCUGUCUGCGGCCCUCCUGGAGGUGGCCGGGGACGGGCUGGACACGGGCGAGGGGGACCUCUCCAUCGAGAAGCUCAACGAGACCAUCAGCACGCUGCAGCAGGCCAUCCUGAGGAUCUCCCAGCAGCAGGAGCAGCUGCUCCUGAAGUCCCCUGUGCCCCCCGCCCCUGGGGCCCGAAACAACGCCGCGGACCCGAAAGUCAGGGCAUCCAUCCACUUUGUGGAGCCCCUGUCUCCCACGGGAGUGACGGGGCACCGCAGGCCUCCCCGGCUGGGGCAGGGUCGGAAUUCCCGGUCGGGGAGGCCCGCUGAGCUCAAGGUCGCGAGAGACAGGCAGCAGGGCUCCCGAAGUAAGACCCCGACGCCCAGCGUGGAGGCCCUCCCGCACCUGCGGCCCUUCCCGCCGCGGACGCCCCCCGACCCGGGCGACCCCGGGAGUGACCCUCCCGAGAAGGGCUUCUUCGACAGCUACCGGCUCCACGAUGCCAGCAACCAGCGGGCACUCACCUUGCCCUCGCCCAGAGACGCCAACAUCUUGUCGGAGCAGAUGAGCCUCAAAGAAGCUCUGGGCCUGGGCCUGAGAGAGGCGGGGCUCGGGGCCCCCGCUGUCUCGGGAAAGGAGGGCGUCCCCGUGGACGGGCCCCCGCGGAGCAAGGCCAGCCUCAUCGAGGUGGACCUGUCGGACCUGAAGGCCCCCGACGAGGACGGGCCGACGGGUCCCGAGAGCUCGGUGGACCUCAGCACGGACGGCGACCAGAAGUCGGGUGUCGGCUUCUUCUUCAAGGAUGAACAGAAGGCGGAGGAUGAGCUCGCCAAGAAGCGGGCGGCCUUCCUUCUGAAGCAGCAGCGCAAGGCUGAGGAGGCCCGCAUGCGGAAGCAGCAGCUGGAGGCGGAAGUUGAGCUCAAGAGGGACGAGGCCAGGCGCAAAGCCGAGGAAGAUCGGAUACGGAAGGAGGAGGAGAAGGCGCGGCGAGAGCUCAUCAAGCAGGAAUACCUGCGCAGGAAACAGCAGCAGAUCCUAGAGGAGCAGGGGCUGGGCAACCAGAAGGCGAAGCCGAGGAAGCCCCGGCCAAAGUCCGUCCACCGGGAGGAGCCGCGCGGCGACUCGGGAACCAAGUGCUCCUCCACCCCGGAGAACCUGAGCCGGGCCCAGUCGGGCUCCAGCCUGUCCUUGGCCUCCGCGGCGACGACCGAGCCCGAGAGCGUCCACUCGGGGGGCACACCCGCCCCGCGGGUUGAGUCCCUGGAAGCCUUGCCCAUACUGAGCCGCAACCCCAGCAGGAGCACCGACCGGGACUGGGAGACGGCGUCCGCCGCGUCCUCCCUCGCCUCCGUGGCCGAGUACACAGGUGACGCCUCGCCCGCCCCUAGGUCAUGGCACACCCGCUCGGGGUGGCGGGCGCGUCCCCAUCUGAGAACUGCGCUGCCUGUCACUCCAGCGGCCUGGGGGGCGGGGACAGGCCUGUCAGCGUGCACAGCCCGGGCCCAGGCGUGUCCUGAGCCUUUGGAACCUUAGAUUUUAAAGUUAAUUCUUGGCUUUGUCUUGUUCUUACA